CAAGCUCCACCCUUCUGCAUAAACCAGACUUAAAGGGAUGUAUUGGAUAUUCUGGCGAUUCACAACUAUAAUACAGACUAGUGUAUCAAAAGCGUUGGUUGUCUUUAUGUUUUCCUCGACAAUACAGUUCUUCGCCUUAAUUAAGUCCCAUGUAAAAACGGAAACCUAUUGCUUAUGAGAAUGGGGGAUACAAGAAGUAACCUGGCAACAAACUGUCACCUUCAGGCGCGGGAAAAAUCGUAAACAACGCACACUGCAGAAGAAAGCACUUCGGUGGAUGUUUCUAUCAUGAUGGUUACGGACUAAUUCAGUAGCGAAACUAAACUAAUGUUUCAUUGUUAAGGUCAGGCAACUAUCGUGUUGCAAUAACUUGAUUAAGCUUUCGCUUGAUAUGUCUUCUCUAUAUGUCUAUACUAAAGAUGUAAACUAGUUAAUUCAAGUUAACAUUAAUGUUAUUUAAAUGUGACAGAUUCACCUUGAGUCAUUGACCCUGUUAACCAUGGAUCGAUACAACGAGGUGAAGCUUCAGCUGAAAAGCUGGGAGCAGAGGUUUGUUAAAGACCACCAGAGGAAACCAAACAAGGAGGACAUUGACCAAGCUCCAGAGGAGACAAGAAAGCUGUAUAAAGAAUACCGCGGUUUGAAAGAAGCCAAAGAAAACGGCAGCACUGACGGAGCCAGCUCCGGCGCCACAUCUAUGCGGACACAGUGGACUACUACACAGUUAAGAAACUGGUCCAGAAAGUUUUCCCUCCGUGUAAAUGUAAACAGAUACACAAGAAACAGCAAGAACAACUUGAACUAGAAAAGGACAUCGAAGAUUCAGAGCUGAUGGAGAUGAUGGACGCGUGUGAUCAGGAGAGCAGCCUGUAUGCUCACACUCAGCAGCACACAGUACACACAGACACUCCGGCACUCUCUACCGCGCAGGAGUCGUCGCACACCGAUGCAGCGGGAACGUCCCCCGAGGGCCGGCGAGAGGAUGGAGGUGACCAAGGGGAGAAGAAGAACGAGCAGACCGCUGAACAAAAAGCUGCCGGUUCCACGCGGCGCACGGACGUGGAGGCGGAAGAAGCUGCCGGUUGGCGAAGGGACCAGGAAGAGGAAAGCAGCGAUUGGCCCAGAGAGCGGGUGUGUCACACGCACGAGAGAGCGAUUCCCAUUCAGGAAACCGUGGAGGCUCUGGACAUCACAGAGGAAGGUGUAGAAACGCUGCUCUGCUACCUGGAGCUGCAUCCCCAGCGCUUUGUCGAACUUCUCCACCCGACGCUUUCUGUGUGUAAAGUCAGCUGCUACGGUGGACCGAGACAGCUCCAGAAAAUCACAAAAAUUUGCCACCCGAUUGCCGUGGUGUUGGCCAGAAAGCGGAUGGCAGGCGAGCGGGUGGAGACCCUGGAUCAGCUGGAGUUCGAUGUGGUCGAGGUGGCGGACACUAUGGGGUGGCAGCUUCCUCUGGUGAAGAGAGGAGUCAGACAGCUGCAGUUGAGCAGUGUUGGCGGACGCAGCGGAGUCCACGUUGAAAUGUCCUCCCUAUCGUUCUACUUCCGGUCCUUUGGCGACCUCAGCGACGAGGAGAUGGACAGAGUCUGUCAAUUCCUCCAUAAUCGAGUGCUGAACCAAGAGAGAACGCAGCUUUACCAGCUGACUGCCUGCUUCAAGGCCUUCAGGAGCGUCGCCUUCAAAAGUGCAGAGUCCUGUCUUGAAGAUCUGGAUGAGAGUCGCAGUCGCCAGCUGAAGGGCCUUCUCUCGGAGUACUUCGACAAGAGGCGAGACCAAGGUGUCGCGCUCGCAGCAGUGGACAUCGAGGAGCUCGACAAAUACAAGUUGACGGACUGGGAGAACCAGAUCAGAGCGGACAUCAGGAGUUUUCUCUCCUACCGAAGUGAUGAGAAGUUUUCUGGGAGAGCUGUCGCUAGGAUCUUGCACGGCACAGCCAGUCCUUGUUACCCAGCUCAAACCUACGGCAGGGACCGACGCUACUGGAGGAAGUACAUCCAGUUCGACUUCAACCAGCUCAUCCGACUGUCCACUGAGGAGAUCAUUCGCUUCAAGUGAGCGACGGGAUGCAGAUCCACAUGUCUGCACUCCUGCCUCAUUCACUCACUCCCUCACUUGUACUCUUCAGUCUGGUCUUGAUGGAUUUAAUAGGUUAAAAACUUUCACCCUUGUAACAAUUUUAUUAAAUCAUGUUCAAUCUAUGUUUUGUACCAUGUUAGGUUUUGAUACUAAUAAUAUACAUUUGUUUUUCUUUAAAGACUGUAAUUAAAUAAAAUGUUGUUCUGUUUUUUA